UGUCCGGACACCGGACUCUUAAACGCACCAUGGGAGUCAUUCAUAGACUGCACGUAGAACUGGUGCAAUUUCUCUCUAUCCGAAUGCUUCUCUUUCCAUCGCUCGAAGCGGCAUAGUCACUCGUGGUGCGCGUCCUUUCUAGAUCGUAUAGAUGACCAUGGCGGCCGAAUACAAGCAGCUCCUUCAGAGGGCGCCGCAGCCCAUCCCCAAAGCGCCCUGGCUGAAGGCCCCUGCGCCCAGCAAAGGGGCGAGGGUCUCGUUGCCCCAGAACAUUGCCCACAGAGGGUACAAAGCGUCCUUCCCGGAGAAUACCAUGGGCGCGUUCCGCGGUGCUGUCGACGUUGGCGCUCAUGCGAUUGAGACGGAUCUUCAUCUGAGCAAAGACGGCGUGGUGGUGCUUUCACAUGAUGCGACGCUGAAGCGAUGCUUUGGGAUAGACACGAAGAUCAGCGAGUGCAACUGGGACACCCUCUCCACGUUGCGCACCGUCCGGGACAAGAACGAGGGCAUGCCACGGUUGCGCGACCUGCUGGACAUGAUGAAUCGCCCCGGCAUGGAGCACCUCUGGAUCCUCCUGGAUGUCAAGAUCGAUGACGACGCGGAUGACUUGCUCAGCGCAGUAGAGAGGACGUUGCGCGAAGUGACCCCGACCCAACAUCCACCCUGGCACCAUCGCGUCGUCCUGGGCUUGUGGAAUACCGCCUUUCUCAAAGCGGCCAGGCGACAUCUGCCCGAGUACCCCAUGGUGCACAUCUCGUUCUACCUGCCUUACUCGCGCCAUUUUCUGGCGAUACCCAAUCUUGGGUUCAACGUCUUCCAAAAGGUGCUGGUAGGCAAGGGAGGCAGACGAUUCAUGCAGGAAGCGCAGGAGAAAGAUCGACCCGUCUUGGCCUGGACGGUGAAUGAGGAGCGCUGGAUGGAGUGGUGUAUUGCGCAGAACGAGACAUUCAUGUCGUCAGAGACGUUGACGGUAAACGGGAGGAUGAUUGAUGGUGUCAUCACGGACGACCCCUUGCUCUUCAGCCACGUAUGCGAUCGCUGCGAGAAGACGGGCCCGACGAAGCUGCAAGGAUGGGCUCGUACCAGGAGCCAUAUUGAAAUGGCACGGCAGGUCAUGGUCAUCAAGUUGUUGGCAAUGACUUUCUUCUUCGUCAGAGUCUGGCAGGGCAAGUUUGACUGGUUUGGCUAUUUGGAGGAUCAUCAGGAGUAAUUCGAGACACGAGACCAUUGAAUCUACCUAGCCAUUGAUUUCUAGAAGCAUCAGGGUAGCCAUGCAAUCUUGUGCAUUACAACUUGCUUCC